UCCAGGCGUGCAGCGGCCAGCAGGAGUCCAAGCCGGCUCUCCUCCCGGGCCUCUGGUGCUUUCUGAAGCCGAGCCUGCGCGACGCUUGUCGUCGUUGUCGUCGUCGUCUGAGGGAGGCGCGGGCCUCGAGUGUAAGAGUCCUACAUCCCCAGAUGGAUACAAGUUCACACGACGAGCCGCUCUCUGAAUCCAAGGAGUAUGCCGUUAAUAAUUCUGAAAAUGCCUCUUUUAUCUUGGGAGCCGGAAAGCUUGUGACCCCUCAGAAGCAUAUAGAAGAUGGGACUCCUCAUCUUUGCACCCCCGGUACGGUUAAGACACCUUUGGACUUCUCCACAGUAACUGUAGAGCAGUUGGGAAUCACACCUGAAAGCUUUGUUAAGACCCCUUCAGGAAAGUCAUCUUCCCUUCAGAAGACCAGGCGACGGUCUACAGUCGGUGUCCGGGGCUCUCCAGAAACAAAUUGCCUGAUCCGUUUCAUUGCUCAGCAGCGAAGCCUAAAGAAUGCUACAAGAUCUCCAUUAGCACACAAUUCCCCAUUUCAGGGCAGCCCAGGACUGUACCGACAUGCCAGUGCUUUAAGAGAGCGGAUGGCUGCUUUCCGGUCUGCUUUUCACCCAGUACAGGAAACCGAGAAGAUGGCCGGUGGUCUUGCAGCCUCAAAAGCAGAUCGAGGGUCUAAGACAUCCGAUUUGACCAAAAAAGAAGGUCUUGUUGAAUACCAGCAGUCUGGGUUCCCUGUAAACUCAUCUUCAAAGCGGCGGAGAAUAUCCUCCCAGAGCAGCCCGGAAGACCUCCUCAGCGGCGCCAAAGGGAAAGCGGUUCGUGUGCAGGCGCUCUCCAAGCAAGCCUGUGCUGUGGGCUCCUCUGUAGAUCUUACUGAGAAGUCAUCUGACAUUGGUUCAGCCCAGCCUGGAUGUGUGGUUGCUCCCCUUCCAGAGCUCAUGGAGGUUUCACAUGGACCUGGAGUUGCUGACUGUGUAGAGGGCACACGAUCAGUUGUUGCUGUUCCACUUGACAUACCUGCAGCACACAUGAGCUGCGACACAUCCCCUGCCAUCAGGUCCCCAAUGACGCCUGUGUGCAGGAGCAGCAACCUUCCCUCUGAGACCUUUGUGCUUCGUUCUGUAUUGAAGAAACCUGGCAAGCUGUUUGCAGAGAACGUCAAGGAAUACAACCUCUGUGACGAUGGGGCUCAUCUAAUCCCAGAUCCUUCAAACUAUUGCAAAGAACAAAGAGCAGGUAGUGAAAACUGUAAAUCACCGGGCUUUCUAAAUCUGAGGAAGAGGAAGAGAGUUACCUUUGGAGAGGACUUAAGUCCUGAAGUGUUUGAUGAGUCUUUACCAGCCAAUACUCCAUUGUGUAAAGGAGGCACACCUGUCCGUCAGAGGAAUAUAAAUGCUGCCAGUCCCCUGCAGUCACCAGUUCAUGAACAGUUAGUUCAGCCAAAUUUUGAUGACAAGGAGGAAAAUCUUGAAAACAUAGAACCACCCCAGGUAUCAUUUGCAUCACCUGAGACUCUCCCAGGCACAGACACUUGCGGUUCUUUAAAGAACCAUGAGGAAAGAAACUACAGUGUUGGUAGGCCAACACGGACUUCUCACAGAAGAAAGCAGUUGAUGAGUUCUGCAGAAGAGGAUGUUUGCAACUCAUCUCCUACAGGAGCUGAACCCUGUAAAGAGAAGAACAUGAACAAGAAGAAAUCUCAAGAAAGAAAAUGUACGAGCAAAGCACUGCCUGGAAAGAAACCGGUUUUAAAAAGUUACAGAAAAAAGAAAAGAAAGGGGAAGAAGAGUGUUGAGAAAUGCUUAUAUGGGGAAAGAGACAUGGCAUCCAAGAAGCCUCUCCUGAGCCCUAUCCCUGAGCUGCCUGAGGUCUCUGAAACAACGCCUUUGGCUCACUGCAUGCAGAGGACGUGUUCAGAUGAUUCCAGCGUCAGUGGUGAACUGGAAGAAGUGAUCUCUCGUGAACUUCCUGGGAAAGGAAGGAGACCCUCGCCUCGGGAGGAAGACUUGCCUGAGCUGGAGCCGGCUUGUGAGCAGUCUCUGGAGUCUGAAUUGUGCUGCUGCUUGUCGCCCGUCACUGCUGCUUCGGAGGGGGCGCCAAAGGCCAAGGCCAAGGCCAAGGCCACAGGCAGACAGGCUAACUCCAGAGCAGACAGGAAACGUCCAAGUGCAAAGGAGCCAAAAACCAAGACCAAAACUGAAAGCAGUCCUGUGACCCACGGGCAUGGUGUGUCAGAACAUCCAAAGGCUCCAUGUAAGCGUUGGUGCCAGGAAUUCUCCCAGGCUGAUCCAAAUGCGGACAGUCCUUGUGAGAUCCUUACGGCUUCAGAGACUAGGAAUAGAAAGUGUGAGGAAGACAGCAAAUGCCUAGCUCCAAAGGGGAGUCUGCAGUGCGACCCUUUCCCAUCUGACUGCUCAGAAAGGGAGCGGGACUGUUCAGAAGGUGUCCUGGUUGAUCAUCUGAAAAAGUCCACAAGCCACAGUGAGAAUGUGGGAAGAAAACGUGCAGGCAACAGCAGCCUCACAAGUGACAGAGAAAGGAAACAGAAAAGACACUCUGUGCAUUGUUGGGAACAGAACAGGAACGCUGCAUCCUCCUGCAGUCGGGGAAGCCCUGCAGAAAUUACUUUAGGGAAUCCCCAGCUGUAUGAAGAUUUAUCUGCCGCCUUAGAGCAAAGCUUUCAGAGAACAAGCGGAAAACCCAAAGUGAGACGCAGCACAAGGCUCCAGGGAGACGUGGAAAAUACAGGGCUUGUAUGGAUGUUGCCUCCCACUCCUCCCAAGUCCCAGAAAAACAAAAGGAGAACUACAAUUUGUGCCUUUGACAGCAGAGGAUUUGAAAGUAUGUCUUCCAGAGAAGAGACUAUAUCCUCAGGACAAAACCCAGGUGCCCCACCAUCCAUCCCGGGCAGUGAGAGCCAGGGUGUUGGUUCUUCCAAGCUACCUGGGAAAAGGAGGAAGAGCUUCUGUGUGUCUACACUCACAAAUGCUGAGAGUACCACUGAGCCACCACGCUUCAAGAGAAGAUCCUCUCUGAACAAGGGAGAAAGCUCUCUACUGCUGUGAGGGGCUGGCGCAGGAGAGGCGAGGCAGUGACUGACGCUCCACCCGGUAUUGGCUCUUAGGAGGAGGGAUCCCUGCUUCCUCCCUGCUGCUUCCAUCCCGAUGCAAGGCCAGUGCAUUGCACGUUUCUAAUAAAAAGCAUUUGAGUUGUGACGA